UGUGUCAGUUUAUUACAUGCUCAUUACAGUAUUGACACAGAGGAGUCUAGUGGUAGCUCAGUAAUAAUAAAACGAUAUUGGCGAGGUGCGGCAUAAAAGAAGCACACGAACGGAGAAAAGGGGAACAUUUACAAGGGGGAAUAAACACAUAUUGGUGGUAAACAUUAUCACUCCCUUCUAUAUAAAACGCCAGAAGAGGGAAUCAAUUGAGAGGGAGCGAGAGGAAAAAGAGCGCUGAAGGCAACCCACUCAAUAGCCACUUAUUAGGCGAAUAGCCUACAUUCCAGUCGGAUUUGCGUACAUUAAUAAACCAUCAUAAGAAAUGUCUGCCCCAGCUGCUGCCGGCGCCCCCGCAGAUGGAGCGGCGCCCCCUCCCAACCUCACCAGCAACCGCCGCCUGCAACAGACACAGGCUCAGGUGGAUGAGGUGGUGGAUAUCAUGCGUGUAAACGUGGAUAAGGUUCUGGAGCGUGAUCAGAAGCUGUCAGAGCUGGAUGAUCGGGCCGAUGCCCUGCAGGCUGGAGCCUCACAGUUCGAGACCAGCGCUGCAAAACUCAAGAACAAGUACUGGUGGAAGAAUGCCAAGAUGAUGAUCAUCCUGGGGCUGAUAUGUGCGAUUGUCCUCAUCGUCCUCAUCGUCUACUUCAGCACCUAAGAUGAGUGGCUCCUACCCCAGUCUGCAGUCAAGACUGCCCGCUUCCUUGCAACAGAAAAUCCUUUAAAUUGACGAGAAAAUGAUCCACUAACGUUGAAUUCAUUAAAUUGCUCCUAAAUAGUCUCAAUAUGACCCUGCCCCGAACCCCCUGACCCCCUCAGCCCCUGCUUCCACCGCCCCACCUCUGGACUCCUGUCAAUCUUUGUCCUGUAAAUCUGUGGACCUGCCUCCUUUGUAAAUACUUCCUGCUUUUCUAAUCUGUCGUUCAUACUCAGACCCCAGUACUUGUUGUGAUUGUUACCGAUGACAACAACAGAAAAGGAAAAUGAUGACCCUGGUGAUAAUUGUUAUAUACCAGAAAUAUAUAUAGUUCUUUGUAGAGUUUUAUUCUGAUAUAAUGUUUUUGUAGGUUGUGUGUGGGUGUGCGUUUUGUAUUUUUUAAUUUUUGUAUUAAUUUUACUUAUGCUUCAGAUUUGAACUACUGCCUAUUAAUCAGAGUGUGUAUAUCUUGCACAUUCUCUGUCACUGUCUCUGCCUGUCUCUGGAUUUCUCUCUCUUGCUCUGUCUCACAUAGAGUAUAGGUGCAUCUUUGCACAGUGACAUAGUCUCCUUUAACCGAGGUACUUCAUCAAUAUUCCCAUCCUCUUCUCCCAUCUUUUGCUUCUCUCUCGCUUUCUCUCUCCUAUACCAUUUAGCCAUACUGUCUCUUCAGAAUCCUUUCACCCUUUCUCUUUGUUUCUGUUUCCCUGUCUGUCUUUUCCUAGUCAUAUACCUUCUCUUUAUAAACUGCCAUUAGAAUUGGACCAAUGUCUGUAGAUGUUUUUUAUUUUACUUAGUGUCUUAUUUCGAGAACAUUCCUUCAUGACAGUCUAGUACAAAUACUGUCACUGUAGCACAUGUAUGUGUAAGUAUCUUUGACAACAGAAAAUAGAUAGCCUGUAUAAAGUUACCGUAAAUAUUAUCGUAGAGAUCAAUAUAACAAGCCAGAGUGGGGAAAAUAACAAUAUUGAUAGAAAGGAGGGCUUACUAGUUUUUGUUUGGUGGAUCAUAAUUUGAACUUGAUUCAUUUGUUCAUUUCAGCAACAUAAAAUUGCAUAAAGUUGCUGUGACAAAGCACCAAUCCUACAGAGAUGUCAUUACUAACUAAAUAAUCACAAUGACACAGUAAAGCCUUAGUCUCUGAUCAAAACGUAUCACCUUAAUGGUCAAAAUGUUCCCAUCCACUCUUUAUUUUGUGUAGGGGGAAUGGCUGACUGAAAACGGUUAGGUGGUGUGAAAUGCACAAAGAACUUUGAUAUUGAUGGCGCUGUAUGACUGGUCAACAGAAUGACCGCUGUAUGACUGGUCAACAGAAUGACCGCUGUAUGACUGGUCAACAGAAUGACCGCUGUCUGACUGGUCAACAGAAUGACCGCUGUCUGACUGGUCAACAGAAUGACCGCUGUCUGACUGGUCAACAGAAUGACCGCUGUCUGAUUGGUCAACAGAAUGACCGCUGUCUGACUGGUCAACAGAAUGACCGCUGUCUGACUGGUCAACAGAAUGACCGCUGUCUGAUUGGUCAACAGAAUGACCGCUGUCUGAUUGGUCAACAGAAUGACCGGCAGAGAGAGAACCUCAUGCAGCAAAACCUCACCUAUUGAUGAGCACAUACACAGACAACUCAGCCUUAUUUGAAAGUGAAGGUACAAGUAUUAAGAUAGAUGAAGCAACUGGCAUGGACAAACAGUAGUAGAACAAGAUGAUCUAGAGAAAGGGACUAACUUGGGUCAUGGGUACCAGCUUCAUCGACAGAUUCAGAGUUGCUGUAAAACUUAAGUGAACAUUCCUAGAAAUGUCAUGAAAAACGUCUUAGCAUUCCAGCACACAAGAUAGAGUGAGCGUUUAGCUUGUGCUGUGGUUCUCUCUCUUUCAUUUCUCCCUAGUUACUGCCUUUUUCUUUUUUAAACAUAGUAAUAGAGUAUAUUUUCUAUAGUAUAUUGUUGUGUUUGUGUGAAGCAGACAGGUAAAGAGGAGACUGAACUCAAGCAGGGCUUCACUAACUGCUGUGAGCAGUGAGCUUCUCUCUACCUUUUUGCGUGUACGUGUCUUUUUGCGGUUCAGCUCUGUAAGAUAAACACUGCCAAGAAACUAGGGAGAGGCUUUUAUUUUCUGUUAUUUUCUCAUUGGUGCCCUUAAUGGUAUGGUCUUAGUGGAUUGCUCUUGCAUGGUCACCUCUUGUCCCAUGCCCCUGUAAAUGCCUACAUGUUGCUAGUGCCAUCGAUCUGCCAGCUAUGUUAGUCUACGUUAUGAGUAGUAACAGAAGGACCCCUGGAACUGUGGGAUAUAUAGUUGUUCCCAUAGGUUGUGUUACUUCAACAUGACCUCUUCCCCUCUGUUACACUGGAUCUGCAUACUUCCUACAUCCUCCUGUUUGACCUCCGUCCCCAGCUCCCCCGUCACUGAUUUAGGAUCCUACACUGUGAAUGUGUGUGUGAGUGUGUGUUGGUGAAACACUGCCACCCUGGGAAUAUCCUUAGUUUAUCUUGUCAGAUUAGGCCACUUAGACCUCACCGAUGUGGGCAAGCUGUUUCCAUGACAACUGAAUUCGAUGAGCAGAGCGGUGAGGUAACAGAUUAGCCCACUGACUCGUUCAGACGGGUCAGGUUUGCCAUUUUUACAGGUAUGCACAAGGAAUAUUCACUGGCAGAGCCCCCCCCCAACCACCCAUCACUUUACGAAAAAAACGACACUGGUAUUCCCUUGCUCUUUCUCUCGCCCCCCUCACUCUCUUUCUUUCUCUCCCUUUCUUUUUCUCUCUUUCUUUUUCUCUCUCUAUCACACACAUGUUAACGGAAAUGGCCUUAUCCAUUAUCUCCCUGUAAAGCAUAUCCCCCACCCUCCCCCUUUAUUCCACUUAAGUAGAGCAAACUAAUUCAGAGGAAAAUGACCAAAGACCAGGUUUUCUUGCUUAUGCUGCCAACUGCCAUCAAAAACAAGUAGAGGAACACAACAUAUUUUACCCGAGUCACUUUAACAGCAAUAGUACUGGUACCUGUUUUUGAAAGCAUACCCUUAACCCAAAAUACCUUUUAACCCUUUCAGAUCUUAGUCAAUAUGUCAUACCGGCAAAUAGAUGGUGACAUUAUGUGCUAUUUGAAGAUAUGCAAGAGAAACCAAACCUAAGUAAAAUGUGCUUCAUCCCUCUCCCCCACCAUACAACUACUUUAAUCUGUACCAAGUCUUUAGACAUAUGCUCCUAUAACUAAUAAUAGCACAACUUAUCUUUUGUGUGUCUCUAUCGUGCUGACAACAAUUUAAAGAUAAAAAAAUAUGAACGUUAUCUAUAGCUGUUUAACAAAACAAACAAAACAUGUAUAAAAACAAUUCUGUAUUGUCUGGUGUUGUAGUGUGGGGGUAUAUUUGGGGGAAGGGGGUUCCUAUUUCCUCAGGUCAGAGAUUAUAACAGUUCAUCAAAAUCUACAAUGUGAAAACAAAAAACUACAUGAAGCUAUAUAAACAUUUGAAUAGCAAAUAAUUACAAUUUUGAAGGUGACAAAAAAUAGAGGGCUGCCUUCGAGUUAUUAUUGUCUCAGUGGAUAGGAGUGACAUGACACUACGGGUCGGGGUAGGACUGCUGUGUUGUUCACAAAUCCAAGGGUUGUCCUAAGAGUGCUCAGUAAAUUUAGAUACAAAAAUAGACAACUUUAUGUUCUGUGAGUGCUCAUUUUCUGUUGCUUUUUUUCUCUGUGAGGAUGGGUCUGCACAACUUUUGAUGUCCAGGCACUUUUUUCUGUUGUAUUCUGGGUGCAUUUUGUGGGGCUAGAUUAUGAUGUGGAUGAGAAUGUUGUGUUAUUGCCAACCCUAAGAGGUGUUCAGUGGAUUUAACAUAGGAGGCAACCUUUUGAGGCACUGGACCUUCACAGGUUGGCUAUAAAAUCACAAUGCUCUAACUAAAACACAUGAAAUGUAUAAAAUAAAAUGUCGGACCCUAUGUUUUCUUUGUAAUUUGCAUAAAGUUAGUAAUAACUUUGGUAUGAUGUCAUUGGCUUGGGUUGUGUGUACAUUGGAAGAGGGGGGGAAGAUUAAAUAAAGGCUUGUUCUCUAUGUUAAUCAUGUCAGACAAGUCAAGAAAAUGGGAUGUUACUGGAAAAAUACAUUUUAUUUUUACCCUCUAGUCAAAUUUCCAGAAUUCAUAGAAUGGUGUCACGAUUCGAAACAGAUUCCUCUGUUGUUAAUAUGUUUAUUUUUGUUUGAGCUGUUCAUUUUGGGGAGGGAAUAUUAUUUUGUUCUUUGAGGACUGUGGUUGGGGAAGUGACAGUCAACAUUGCCUCUUUUUGCCUUGCCUUUCAGGAGGGAAUAGACUGGGGGAUCAUGGGUAAUGUGUUCUGUUCAGUCUGUUUUAUUUGAUUUAUUGUGGUGUUGUUUUGAAUGGGAUUGGAUAUUCAACAAAGUGGAUUACAAUGUACCAGAGGAAACCAAUUUAAAACCAGAAGUACAUAAAAAAAACAAUUGUAGUGUAAAUCUAUCAAUCUCUUAUUAUAUUGAUGAACAACAUCAUGGAAAACAUCAUGGAAAUAUAUAUAUAUAUUGGAAAACCAAUCAUUCUGAUGACCUGUGUUUAUUGUUCCGAGUUAGCAAUUCCCAGCGUGGGUGUGCGUGUGUUUGAAACUAAUGAUGAAAUUAAAUAAAAUCUAUGAUAAAAUGGG